AGAAGAGCGCACACUCCCUGCCCAGGUUGCCUCCCCACUUAGGAGCACAUCGUCCCGAGCAGCUCUUCUCCUCUGCGGACGUUCGACCCUCUCGACAGGAUGGAUUUCUUGGAUCACAGCUUCCUGGACGCGCGCUCUCCCUGUGAUUACACUUUUAAUUUCUGGAACGACUACCUCGGCCUGUCCACACUUGUGGCCCAGACUAAGAUCAACAGUCCUGCCUUCAGCCCGAACUCCAUCACCGAGUCUCUGAAGGCCACCCUUGGUCUGGAGGACGACGACUCCCCGGUUUGCUCGUGCGUAAUUGCGCACGGCAGGGACAGCGACGCGCACUCGGACUGCUGCUGCUGCUGCGCGGCUCCGGGCUCCCCGCCGAUCUCCAUCUACGACCUGAAGGAGCGCAUCUCUCUCCUCGGGCCGUACGAGCACCUCGCCGGGGACAGGGACAGAGACUCACCCCCCUACAGGGGAAGCUUCGCCGGCCUCGACCUGCUCUCCAUGGAGCGGCGGCGCAAGCAGACUCCUCCGAGGGGGAAGCCGGAGCCGAAGGUGUGCGUCUUCUGUCGGAAUAACGGCGCGCCGGAGGAGGUGUACGGCACCCACAUCCUGAAGACGGCGGACGGCAGAGUGCUGUGCCCGAUCCUCCGCGCGUACACCUGCCCCCUCUGCAGCGCCAACGGGGACAACGCGCACACCAUCAAGUACUGCCCGCUGUCCAAGGAGCAGCCGGGCCAGCGAGUGGCGAGGGGCGGCAGGGUCGUGGGGAAACGGCUGAAAAGCUUCUGAACCAGGAGCUGGAUGAAGUUUUAGAAGUUGCACAGUUUGAAAUCACCAGUAUGUGUGUGUGUGUGUCUGCGUGUGUGCGUGUGUCUGUGUGUGUGUGAGGCAGAAACUUUGCCCCCAUUUCAAUGCACAAGACAAGUCUGGAGAGAGAUUUAAAGAGAUUUUUAUUGUUUGUGUUCCAGCUUCAUUUGUCAUGUUUUCAUCCAUCUGGUGACUUCAUGGGCGCGUAGUUUACACAUGGACGCAUUGUGCGCAAUACCCCCCCCCCCCUUCCUCUAAAGACCUGGUGAUGAGAAAUGAACCAAAGUACAGAUCGACCUGUGAAUGGCACCUUGAUGCUGUAGCCAGAAGCUGCUGCGUUCCGAUGCAAACCGCCCUGUGCGUUUUAAAGAACACAUGGAAGUGCAGCAGCUGAGAUGAAUGUCCCACAGCUCACUGGGGCCUGCAGGUGGAAAGAGGCUGAGAUGCAUCACACAGUUCUCUAGCACAUCUUUCUCUCUUAAGAUAAACGUUUUCUACCAAAGGAAUCCACUUUUGUAUUUAGCUAAAGGUCAUUUUCUGUGUGUUUUAUAAGUUGGAUGUCUUAUAUUCUUUAGCCUACGUGUGGUUGUUAGUAUUUCGCAGAUUUGAACUGAAUGUAAACGACAGUGUGGGAGGUAAAUCUGACCUGCAGUUCACCGUGAUGCUCUUCAACCAGCUCCAGGCUCGACUGCAUGUCACAAGUUCCACAACACGGAAGUUGCAUCGAUUGGUUUUUAUCUCUGUGCAUCUGAAAUUCUUGUAAAUGUUUAAAAAAAACAAAACUGUUUUAGCAAUAAGACGCCUGACAUUCCAAAGUCUUUAUCUGUCAAUAAAAAUGUUUUAUGUUCUUAUUUUUACCUUAUGUAGCACUGGCAAAUAUAUUCACUGU